AUGGAGCAAUCACUGACCCCUCCUCUGUCUAGACCGCGCCAGCUUGAAGAACGUUCCUCUCCCCGCUCUCCCCUGCGACCGAGCCCCUCAACUCCCUACAUCUCGACUCACCAGCAACUGUCGAGGUCGCCCGCCAAUCGUUCGACUUCAGACUUUUCACAGUCCCGUCAGCAGAACACAUCAAGGCCGCCUUCGUCGAGGCGAUUCUUCAGCCCGUCAACUCCGAACUUCGGGUUCCUCAGCUCGUCUGCUAGUCCUUCCAGCCCAACCUUGCAACCUCCGCAAGCUCAGCCAGAGUCAGUAUCGUUCGCCAGCCCAUCAACUCCGAGCCUUCUAGUGCCGCGACAGCAGCAACCAUCAAGCACAUUCUCAAGUCCCACUAGCCCAAACUUCUUCUCUGUAGAGCCACCAUUCGGCAGUCGCUCAACUCCCAACUUGCGCCGCAACCUCGACGGAAAGAAGAGCUUCGCCGAAAAGUUCAAGGGCGGUGUCAAGAGCCUCUUUCGCCGUGACAAGCACAAGUCAGUAUCGAAGACGCUAAUUGGUUCACCCCAAGGCUUUCAGCACAUCAGUAGCAACUCACCUAUUUCACAUCGCACUGUAGCUGGACCCAAGUACGAGCAUUCAAUUCAAAAUCAAGAUAUGUCGUCGCCUACUCAGCAGUCUGGACCUAGUCCCAACAACGAGAGCCCCGUCAAUGAAGAUAUGGCCCUCACAUCAGCAGCAGUUUCGUGUCUGGAUCCGAGGCUGAUGACUCUGACUAUGAAGAGAUGCCCGGCACUUGGUCCAAUGCCCGGAGCUAAGUACGAGUUCGCGGCUUUCCGUUGA